AUGUCUUUACCAGAGUAUCAACUGCAGAAUGCCCAAGCCCUUUACGACAUCAAAUGCUACAUGUACAAAGAGACCUUCCCCUGUGUGAUGCCUCUACUUGGAAAUCUUGCAGGUGUAAUCGACACCUUGCACUUCAUUGGGUAUGUUGCGGUCGGCCAGCAUCCAGCAUUGUGUCCAUUGUAUUGUUCUCCACCGGGUCUUGAGAACAUACAACAGCACAUCAGACUCUCUGCAUAUUUAGAGACUGGACGCAUCCAUGCUCCUGCACUCGAGGUAGAAUGCACCAAGGUACCACUCUACACCAUAGAUGUCAAUCUAGCGAACUUUCAAACCAUCGUUCAUUGGGCAGAUUAUCCAUUAGGGUACAACAUGCCCAUCUUCAAUUUUGGUGGUAUUCCCAAUAUGUUGGAAGUCCAUUUGACCAUAUCAGUGAAUGACCAUUCAUUCUUUAAUGGUUGGCCUUUAUCAGAUGUCAAUAUGGUGUCAGAAGGGGAUGGUAGCUUCAGUGCUUACUCCCACCAUGGAGCACCUUAUCCCACCCACUCUGCCCCUUAUAUCACCCACUCUGCACCUCAUCCUGCCCCAGCUGUGUCUCAGACACUUGUCGACGAUGCGCAUGAUGCCAGUGGCCAAGUCAUUCCCCAGCAGCCUGCUGUUAACUUGAAGCAGAUCAUGAUAGAAUACCCCAAGUGGAGGUUGGUCCUGGCCUACCUACAACUCCUUUUUAGAGUGGCAAUUUUCAUGGGGAACUCUGUUGUGAACCCUCAUGAGAUCACCACCAGUGAUGCUGAUGUGAAAGCUAACUUGAUUGCCACUCUGUUUUCCCAGAGUCUCAAAUGUGCCAAUACACUUGAAGAGGACUUAGAAAAUGUUGUUCUCAAUGGCUUGACCAUAACUCAGGAGGCUAUGCUUGUGAUGGCUGUCAAGUGGAUAUCCCAAUUUAUCUAUGAUACAGCUCAGGUAGCCGAUUGGGCAAUCACUCAUCAUGAAGCAGGAUUUGGACUCCACAACAUCUUUGGUCCUGUUCUCCAAGCUAAGCUUGAGACGUUGCUAGAAAACUUCCUGCAUCUGAAAUCCAAUUGUCUUCGAUCAAUAAUGCUCCCCACCUCCCGGAAGCCACCCUGGCCUACAUGGCAUCUUCUUUCCUAUGACCUAAGCCAUUAUCCAUCUCCUACCACAGUUCAUACAAAUGCCCUUGAGAUGCUCAGGAUAUUACUACAACUAGACAAUGACCCAGGAUACCUCGAGUUCACGGACAUCAUGCACCUUUUUGUAAUCUCACAUGAGUUCCCAUUCUUGGAAUGGUGCGAGAUGUUACCAUGGUUGUAUGCCCCAGGAAGAAGCCAUUUAAAAAAUGUCUUUCUUGGGAUUGAACGCACCGAGGACACCCUGGCAUCUUGGCUGGGGACACACGGGCCCAAUGUUCUUCCAGACUCCAUCUUUAUCACAACUUCUGUGCUGUUUGGAUUGGUCAACUCCCGUGACCUUAUGUCUCUUCUUGAAAUGAUCCUCAGAGAAAUUGUGAAGCAAAUGCAGCUCCAGCAAGAGGAUGGUUGUAUACAAUUCCUUAAGCAAGGAGGGUAUUGUGUUAUGGAGGAGAUGAUGUAUCGCGCUCAGAUGGAAGUAUCAUUAUAUAGUAAAGCUAUUGUGAACCUCUGUGAAGAGUUGGAUGCCAGAAAUCAGCCAGCAUCAGGGUGUCUUCACCCAAAUUUGGCAUGGCUUCUUAAGUCAAAUAUCCAAGACACUGCAGAAGUCAGUUUUGACAUCAGCCAAAAGCCCCCUAACUCUCCUCAUCUUCAUGAAUACCUCCUGAGGCGCACCCAGAUCGAAGUAGACAUGUUGUACGACAUGAUUGUACGUAUCACUGAGCUCAAUGCCACGGAUGAUGACAGUACAUCUUCGGGAAUGGCUGGGACCUUUGAGUCAUGUUUACCUGAUGAUUGGUUUGAUGAUUGCCUUUCUCCUUCCCUUUCAAAGAAGAAACCGUUUUCAACUUUUCCGGUGCGGGUGUCCAUGUCCUGGCCACAGAAAGUAGGUCCUAAAGUGCAGGCCAUCAAUCUGGACAUGUCAGCAAUAAUCACAAAAAAAUUGAUUCCAGACACCAUCUGGUCCGCCAUUGCUAUCAUGGACAUUGCAUUUUGUGGCCCCAUAAGAUUUACUUAUUUGAUGACAAGUGUGAAAUGCUGUGAGAGGGACUUCAACUUCAUGCAACUCUUGCGCUGGUUUCAUCCUAUUCUUUAUAACCCAACCCUACAGCCUUGUGUAGAACCCACAGAAGUCAAGAAGAGUGUCUUCAAGUCCAAACCUGUUAACCAAAUCGCUGGGCUUGUUGACCGCCUUCUCUCUGUAGAAGCUUUACACCCGGCGAUCACUAUUCUGAUAAGGGUUCCUUGGCUUGUUGAUGCUCACCCCGGGUUGGCCGACCUGAUUCUGGGAGUUUAA